UUUAUUUUUUUUUUUGACUUUUUGUUCAAUGCGUUCUGCCUGCGCACUUGUGGCCUUGUGCCUGGUCGCUGUUGCCGCCGUCCAACCCGCCGCCGCCCUGCCACGGCCCAUGGAUGGUCUCCUGCGCACCCUCACCGCCGAGUACCAGCAGUUCUGCGACUCGCUCGAACACUCGACCAUGUUCCCGUACCGCUGCACGACCGACGAGAAGGUCGCCGCCAAGAGCCAGGCCAUGUCUGCCCUUGCCUCGGUCGCUGCCGCCAAGACGCUCGACCCCAUCAUCUUCUUCCCCGGUCUGACUGGCUCUGGCUUUGAGGCCAAGUUCUCCAAGUCGUCGACGGUCGGCGCUGUCUGCCGCGCCAACCGCGACUGGUUCCGCCUCUGGAUGGACGCCGCCCAGAUGCUCACCCCCGGCUGCUUCCUCGACUCGAUGGACAUCAACUACGACCCCGCCACCGACAGCUACAGCAACACUGAGGGCGUCGAGAUCCGCGCCAUUGACUUUGGCGGCGUUGACGGCUUUGAGUACCUUGCCUACCUGUACGGCGUCAAGCUGUCCAUCCAGGACACGUACCACGACAUGGUUGCCGCCUUCAAGUCUGCCGGCUACAAGCCCGGCCAGAACCUGCGCGGCGCCGUCUACGACUGGCGUCUCCCCACGGACAAGCUCUUUGGCACUGGCUACGGCGACCUCGUCCAGGCCCUCAUUGAGGACACGUACAACCGCAACGGCAACUCGCCCGUCCACAUUGUCUCGCACUCGAUGGGCGGCCCCACCUCGCUCUUCUUCCUCAACUCGAUGACGGACGCGUGGAAGGCCAAGUACAUCAAGUCGUACAUUCCCAUCUCUGCCCCUUGGUCUGGCUCCCCCUCGACGCUGCGCAGCCUGCUGUCCGGCGAGGCCCUCUCCCUCCCGAUCAACGAGGAGAAGUUCCGCCUGCUCUUCCGCGCCAUGACCCGCGAGGCUGGUGGCCCGGUCUCCCUCCUCCCCAGCAUCAACCCCGAGUUUUGGCCCGCCGACAAGGUCUUUGUCCGCACCCCCACCCGCUCGUACACGAUUGCCGACAUUCCCCAGCUCUUUAUCGACGCCGGCACCCCGAUCACCGCCCAGGUCUACGCCAAGGUCAAGAACGUCCUCACCAACCUGAAGGCCCCCAACGUGCCCACCCACUGCGUCUAUGGUGUUGAUGUCCCCACCCAAAUCUCGUACACGUACACGUCCAACUGGGACGACAUCCCAACCAUCGAGUACUCCAACUAUGGUGAUGGUGUUGUGCCGAUUGAGUCGCUCCGACGAUGCCAAGACUGGGCUACCCAGAUGACCGCCACGAUUGACAUUAACGAGAUUGGCCUUGAAGCUGGCAACCAUUUCAGCAUUGUUCAAGACCCCGCAGUCAUUUCGUACAUUCUUUCAUUGACGACUCAUUAAGGCCAAAAACCACGCGUCCGUUUGUCUGACGGACGAAAGCUGGCUGCACCACCAAAAACCAUUUUGAAAUCUUUUAUUGGGCCCCUAUUUGUACAUGUAUUCUGCGGAGGAGCUCUUGCAAUUCUCUCCCCCUUUCCGUCUCUCUCACGAGAACAGGGGGUGGGUGGGUUGUUGUUGGGUUUGCCGCAUUGUGUUUUUUGUGUCUUAUCUUUUUAGCGCUCGAACAAUCCCGAGUGCGUCGACUUGUAUACAUUUUUAUGUUGAUCCAUUGAACGAAUACAAAACUUCAGUUCUAGUA